UUUUUGGCUCAAGGCGGGGUGGCUCCCUGCUGGCAGCGGCGCGCCUCUUCGCGGGGGCUCUCUCCUCUCGGCCCGCCCUUUCGUUCUGCGAUGGCGGUGGCUCCGGGACGGCUCAGCGGCGGCGACAUGGUCAAGCUCCUAGCGGAGCUUCCGGUGGCGCAGGCCGUUUUCGGCGCGGCCCUGGCGUGCGCGGGGGCAGGAUGCGCUGCCAAGACGGCCGGCAGCCUCGUCGCGGCUGCCGCUCGCGGUGCCUUGCAAGGCGCGCAGGUGGCUGGCGGCUCCGACGGCGACGCAGAGCUGGCGGUCGGCGCCCUCGACGGCAUGCAGGCCAUCCUGGCCGACGUGGGCGUGAAGGGAGUCUCGGAAGCCAAGGCGUGCCUUCGCGAUGCAGGCCGCGCGGACCUCGCAAGCCGCCUGGCGAGGUUCUCCAAGGUCCGUAACGGCGUCGCUCACCGUGACGUCCGCCUCGCUGGCGACAUCGGCGCGGCGGUCAAGGCGAAGGCCAACGGCGGCGGCGAGCUGGUCACGGGGGCCGAGCCGAAGCAGGACAUCGGCAUCGUGCAGCUCGACGGCGAGACGGUCAAGCUCCGCGCCACGGUCGCAAGGCUCGAGUCCGAGCUGGCGGCCGCGCGCGUGGACCUGGCGCAGCAGAAGAAGCAGGCUAAGGAACACAAUAUCAUGUCCUCGGAGGCGGUCGGCGGCGACUCGGCCGAGGGCGUCGCACAGCUGCACACGUACAUGCGGGUCCCGUUCGUGGAGGGCCUGAGCUACCCGAAGGAGGAGACGGGGGUGCGCGCUCAGUGCCUCGCGGCCCUCCUCGCGCACGGCAGCGCCGGCCUCCCCCCGGAGCAGUGCGAACGCAUCGCUUGCCAGCCCGACUUCGACAACGUCAAGCGCUACCUCGCGAGCUGGUCGUGAUGAGUGCUGCCCGAGGCGGGCCGUCGGCGCUCUAGUGGCUCUGGCUGGUUCCGCCUCGAAAUUUUUGGUCGGCGCCCCCCCGCGGCGUGUUUUGCGGGGGUGGCGCCUCGGGCUGGGGCUCCCGCGGGUGCGCGUUCCCGUGUCCCCUUCCUGGGGGCCUCUGGGGGCCGUUUGUUUGCCCGUUCGUCCCCGCGGGGGUGGCUUCCGUUCCCCUGGCCUGCCUUUGCGGUAGGCCAGGGUCGCGACGGAUGCCUGUUUGGGCUUGUUCGGGGCCCCCCUCGUCGCCACGUCCGGCUGCGCCGCGCUCGCGGCGGCGAGAGACUCACCGAGCGAGGGCUGCCUUUGAAGCUGCGCC